UAUUCAUCGCCGACUGCUACCAAGAUCACCGGAGGUCGUCAAGCAGCGGGUAGUUGGCGUCGGAAUCACCCUGAGCCGUUUAUCGGUCUGCAGAACAGGUGACGUCGCAGCGCUUUGCUGGCGAUCUCUUCGCCUGUGCCAAGUCGUCGCUUGAGUUUUGUGCGAGACUUUAUCGAGAGUGGAAGCCACACCUGCUGAGGCCAGACGCUCCGGCAUUUAUCGCGCGAAGAACUUUCCCCGGUGAUUAAUUGUCGCACGCUUACCGCAGAAGUCACCUACUUGUUAUUUCGUUUCGUACCUUCUAAUCAACGUACACAUCGCGGAACUCAGUGACCGGAUAUGUUUAAGUUAUAUACGCCUUAUUCUCGCAGUGUGGAUAUGAAAAUGAGGAAAAGUGACAAAGUAAAUGCGAUAUUGUGGAAUAAUUUUAUCGCCGGGUUGAUGUUUAUUUGGAAAACUUUAUUCAACAUUAGACGAACGUGUUUCGAAGGUCUUUGUAAUAUAGGACAGAAACGACUGUCUUAAACGUGUCGAUGUAUAAUGAUGUGGUGAAGAGUGGCGCGUAGAACGCUUUUUAACUUAUAAUACCGGAGUGCUGGUAAUAAAUAUCGUUUAAUCAAGAAAAACGGAGUAAAAAAUGAACUAAAGAAAGAAAAAAAAACCAAUGGAUUUAUUUGGAUAAAGGUGUCUUAAAAUGUGUGCAAAGAUGAGCGUCCUCCAAGGCAGACAUUUAGGAAUUAUGACCCUUACGAGCAGCCCGUGUGAGCUAGACAACAUGAGCUUGUUUCAAGACCUCAAGUUGAAAAGGAGAAAGGUUGAUUCCAGAUGCAGUAGUGAUGGGGAAAGCGCAGCUGACACGUCGACUUCGUCGCCAGACAAUAUGCCAGGCUCGCCGGGCUGUCCAGUGGUUAAAGUGAAGACGGAAUGCAUUCGUAGCAGCCCGAGUCCCGGGACUCCCCGGGAUACUCGGGAUCUACGAGACCUGAGGGGUACGGACACGAGGGAGGUGACGACGGACCGCGCCUCGCCCGACUCCGUCUUCCCCGAGGCGGCGAGCUCCAGGGGUGCUGAGGAGCGGUUUUGCACUCCGGCAGCUAGAGCGUCACCCGUAUCGCCGCUCCAAAGUCACACCAACGUGUUCACAAGCCCAACCCCGCGGGAAAUUCACCGCGGCGAAACCCCCGAUCGGGGUACGAAUAACCACUAUCUGGUGCAGCCCAAAGAAGAGUCGGACAACUCGGUCUUCGACGGCGGAGGCCGCGGGGAUGGAUCGAGCCACCCUAGUCACCGCACCCCUUCGCCGAGUGUCAAUCGGGUCGAGAGUCCGAGCCCUGGUACCGGCAAUCCUGGUGGUGGUGGACCCACCGGUGGCUGUGGUUCUGGUGCUAGUUCCGGUUCUGGUUCGAGUUUGUGUGCCAAUCAGCAGCCUGGACCCCGGCAACGGGCGCCAACGGUCCCUCCCCAUAUACUAGCCCACCAUCAAUUUUGGACCCAGAACCGUGGCGUUCAGGGCUACGACACAAGACUGCUAAACGGAGUGAUCAGCAGUGCUGUGAACUUCGGACAAAACUUAUCCAGCGCAACCGGUGCGUCGAACGAAGGAAUGAAACCACCUGCUCAAAGAGUCGCCCCAGCGACGCCGCGACCGGCCCCAACGGUGAUCAUGGGCGAGGUCGGCGGCGUUAGGACGAUGAUUUGGUCCGUGCCACCGUUGGAACCUACGCCAACUCCUACCGCCUCCUGGACAGCGACGACGGCCUCGAGCUCCACGUCAGAGGAGUCGGCGGCUCACGUCCUUCUGAACCUCAGGUCGGAACCGAGGGGGAAACCUCCGGGCACGUCGCAAGCCUUCGGACCCCCGCUGAACAUGGAACGGCUCUGGGCCGGCGAUCUCUCUCAACUCCCCGCGGCGCAGCAGAUUCAAGCACUCAACCUUACCGCGAGUUCCAGCCAGCCUUGGUCGAGAAAUGGUAACAUGGUCACGACGGAGGCACCCUCGCAAACCCCAUCGGCGCCGUCUCUUCAGCCUCAGGAACACGAGGAGGAGGAACAGCCGAUGAUCUGCAUGAUCUGCGAGGACAAAGCGACGGGACUUCAUUACGGCAUCAUUACGUGCGAGGGAUGCAAGGGUUUCUUCAAGAGGACCGUUCAGAAUCGGAGAGUAUACACCUGCGUCGCCGAAGGCAUUUGUGAAAUCACGAAAGCCCAACGGAAUCGGUGUCAAUACUGUCGGUUCAAAAAGUGCAUCGAACAGGGUAUGGUACUCCAAGCGGUUCGCGAGGACAGAAUGCCGGGCGGUCGUAACUCCGGAGCUGUCUACAACCUCUACAAGGUGAAGUACAAGAAACACAAGAAGACGAACAAGGGGAUGAACGUCGGCGUUGGUCUUGGCGGUACGGGCGGGAUGAAUGGUUCCGGGUCUUUGAAUGCGACCAAGGGUACAAUGGCGCCGACGAUGCUGGAGAAACACAUACAGGCUGCCGCGGCAGCGGCGCAGCAUAAUCAGCAACACGCGCAGUUGGCCGGGGCCCUUAUGCAGCAUCACAAAGGCUCAUCCGGUCCAGAAUCACAGAAUAGCUCUCAGCAGCCUGCCUCUGGGCAUCAGAGUGUUCAAGGUCAUCAGGGGCACGCCGGUCACCUCGUCAAUGGUACCAUUCUUAAGACUGCUCUCACCAAUCCUUCCGAGGUUGUACAUUUACGACAAAGGUUAGACAAUGCAGUGAGCAGUUCAAGGGAUAGGGCAUUCCCUUUGGACGCAACGCUCGCAAUGAUUCAAACCCUUAUAGACUGUGACGAGUUCCAAGACAUUGCCACGUUAAGGAACUUGGAUGAACUACUGGAUCAUAAGUCAGACUUAAGUGAAAAGUUGUGUCAGAUAGGAGACAGUAUAGUGUAUAAAUUGGUGCAGUGGACCAAGAGGUUACCCUUUUACCUUGAGCUGCCUGUUGAAGUGCAUACGAGGCUGCUCACCCACAAGUGGCAUGAAUUGCUGGUGCUCACCACCUCUGCUUAUCAAGCGAUUCACGGGCAACAGAAAUGGACUGGCGUCGGUAGCGACGGCACGAGUGCAGAUUUUACGGAAGAGGUUUCGAAUAACUUAUGUACUCUGCAAACGUGUCUCACAAGUAUGAUGGGAAGGCCAAUAACCAUGGACCAAUUGCGACAAGACGUGGGACUGAUGGUAGAAAAAAUUACGUACGUGACGCUCAUGUUUCGACAGGUGAAAUUAAGAAUGGAGGAAUAUGUGUGUCUAAAAGUCAUCACCAUGUUAUCUCAAGCACGAGAUGGUACAUUGGAAUUGGAACAGAUCCAAGAGCGGUAUAUGAGCUGCUUACGCAGUUUUGUGGAACACAGUGCACCUCAGCAGCCAGGUCGCUUCCAUGAUCUUCUCGUCAGAUUGCCCGAAGUACAAUCAGCGGCAGCUCUACUACUCGAGAGCAAAAUGUUCUACGUUCCUUUCCUAUUGAACUCAGCAAUUCAAAGAUAGUAAAUAAAUGAAUACCUAAACAAACAAAUAGACUUACGAAAUGAAAGCUUUGUUUGUGUAUAUAUAAUAACUAUAUAAUAUAAAUGUGUGUGUUCGUUGCGUUGUACAAAACUAAAACUAAAAAACAAAAAACAAA